AUUCUUCUUUCAGCUUCAGGACAAAAUCGACUCAACAUUCUAGUGAAAUCACUACUCUUACGGAGAACAAAGACGCAGACAGACAAGGCCGGGAAGCCCUUGGUUGCCAUGACUGCCAAGUCCAGUCAGGUCUGGGAGUUGGAACUUUCGGAGAGCGAGAGAUCUGUUUAUGAUAAAGUGUUUUCUCAGUCUCGGUCUGUACUAAAGGAAUAUCUGAGAAGGCAAGAUGAGAAAGAAGGCAUCAUUAAAGAGAAUGUCAAUCCGUUUAAAGACCGUGAGGAUGAUGGACGAGGUGAUGGGGCAGCAUCGCACCAGAACAAGAAAGUUGGCGCUCAACAGAUUCUUGUGUUACUGCUGAGGCUGAGACAGUGCUGCAGCCACCUCAGUCUUAUGAGAGAUGCAUUUGAUGAGGAGACGGCUGAGUCUGAAGGACUGGAAUUAGACAUUGCUGAACAAAUGAGGGAUCUAAUGCUGGAGGAACCAGGCAAACCGGAGGAACCGAAGCUGAUCACCAAAGCAUCACCAGUGUUUGAACAGUCGUUCUUAAGCACAAAAAUGAAGUUCUUAUUAGACAAGCUAAAAGAGAUCAGAGUAGGAAAUACACAAAAACAAAAAAGUGUAAUUGUGUCCCAGUGGACGAAGAUGUUGGAGAUUGUCGGCCUUCAGUUGGACAAACUCAACAUUAAAUACAGCAUCAUCAAGGGUAACAUCCCCCCAAAGAAGCGUACAGAAGCUGUGGAUGCCUUUAAUUCGAGCAGCGGUGGCCCAGAAGUGAUGCUGGUAUCUCUACGUGCAGGAGGAGUGGGACUUAACCUUAUUGGAGGCAAUCACCUAUUCUUAUUGGACCAACAUUGGAACCCUUCCCUGGAGGAACAAGCCUGUGAUAGAAUCCACCGUGUUGGACAGAAGAAAGAUGUCUUCAUACACAGGUUUUUGUGUCGUGGCACAGUUGAAGAGAAGAUUGUACAGUUGCAGAAACGGAAACAAGCCAUAGCAGAUAAUGUCUUGUCUGG